GAUUUCUUUGCAAUGACGUGAGAUGUGAUCGAAAACGACGUUCCAAAAAAAAAAAUCCCCAAAAGUAAGGCAAGUUUGGCCCCAUAUGUUCGGAGUUUGCUCAUGUGUGAUUUCACACCCCCGCGCAGUGGCGCAUGGAGACACUUGGCGACGCGUCAAAAGUCCAAUUUGGCGCAGCCCCUGUUAAAUAGCUGCGUCCGCUGCGUCACGACCCACAUUUGCAACCUCUUGAGGAGAGGGUUUGGGGGGGGAGACUCAAUAAGACUCGACUCGGCUCGGAUCGUAUCCCCAGGGUCAUUUUCGCUCUCGUUUAGCAAACAUGAACGCUCGCGGUGGAUUUAAUGUUUCGGACGCCAACCAGCCGUCCGACAUGUGGAGACCGUGGAUUCGAAACGACACGACGGCUUCCCUACUUGUGGCUCCUUUCGAUCCUGCCGCAACGCAACCCAAACCGGCUCUUUUCGUUCACCCCGUCAAGUUGUACUGGCCCAGAACCAAAUGCUUUGACUAUCUGUAUCGGGAAGCCGAGAUGCUCCUUCGGAACUACCCGGUCCAAGCCACCAUCUGCCCCUGUGAAGACUCUUCGUCCACUGAGGAGGACACGGAGGAAGAUGAUGAUGAUGAGGAUGAUGAUGACGAUAGUGAAGAUGAAGAGGAGCAAGUGACAGAGAUGCCCAAAGACCUCCAGUAAAGUUUCCAGUUAUGCGCAUAAUGGUUUAAUAUAUUUCCAAUUCCUAUUUAUUGCUGUAAAUAAUUGUAAAUAGAUCAUCUGUCAUUUUUUUAUACCACACACACCCCCAAAAAAAUGUCUAAAUUAUUUUGUCAACUACCUCUUUUUUUGUAUUUUGUGCACCCUGCAAUAAAAUACUUUCAAUGAACCACAA